AUGGACAAUCACAAGAACAGGACGGCGAUUUUUACUGACGGCUCGACGACGACCUCAGGAUCUGCAUCUGCAUUUGUGGUGCCAGAGCAUAGUAGGGAAGGGAUCGCGAGACUAUCGCAUCGCACGUCGUCGACCAUGGCUGAGUUAGUUGCGAUUAAAAUGGCAAUAGAUUAUAUAGGCACAAGGGAGAUACCGGCUCAGUGGAUUAUCUACUGUGACUCCAAGGCUGGACUUCAAGCUAUACAAUCGUUCGUGACUGGCGGACGUAUUAAUCCAGUUGUUCACGACACACUAAAAGAAUACGCAAGAUCGUACAUCACCGGUCAUGAGGUCCUCAUCCAGUGGAUACCUGGACACAUUGGCAUACCGGGUAAUGAGGCCGCAAACAAAUUAGCGGACGUAGCACAUCUUUCGUCAACAAAAUAUGUGGUGCCAUUUUUAAAGGCAGACGUGAAAUCGCUACUUCAGUCCAUUUCAAGAGCAGGUAUGGAGGAACAGUGGCAGGAAGCUGAUCGCCAUUCAUCUCUCCUCUUCAAGAUCGAUCCGGAAGGGAAAUACCGGUUCUCAUCCGGUACACGGAGGCCCAUUGAGACGCUGCUGCAUCGUUUUCGGUUGAAUGUCCCGUACGGUCAACAGUUCCUCCACAAGAUUGGGCGGGCUGACUCUGCAGACUGUUCAGUGUGUGCGACAGUGGAGGACACUGAGCACAUUCUUCUGCAUGGUCCAAAGUAUGCUCCACAAAGGGCUAGGUUGAGGUAUACCCUCGACCGCCUGGACAACAGGCGAUUCGACGCGGUGAAAGUGCUCGGACUGUGGGACCCAAGAAAGCGAGACACUGCUUUUGCGGCACUUGAGAACUUCCUUGUGAGCUGCGGCAUGGAACUCAUAUUUCAGGAUUUUGUGCGAGUGCCUCGUAUCAGUGUGUAUCUUUGUAGUGUGUAUUAG